GUGUGUGAGUACACAGUGUGCAGUAAAUGGAGCACAGAGUUUCCUCUAUUCUGUGUAGAGUCUGAACGCCUCAAGUGGCCUUGCUUUCUCAUAUUUUAAUAAAACAAGGCCUUCAUUCAUCACUGCUUGAAUCCGGGAACAUGCUGGGUCUACUUGAUAACAGGUUGUACCGUAAGGAGGUCGCACUUGGAAAAAGUGGAAUUUGCGGAGAUUAAUUGUGGCUGCAAUGGGCAGGGAGGGCCUUUUCGCAGUCCUGUACGCUGCCUCGGCAGUCUUGUCCGUCGUGACGGUCGCUGCAUCCACCACCGUGUGGCUCCACUGGAGUGAGAUCCUGGACAACUGCGCCUCCAGAUACUGCGGCUGCAUACUUAAUGGGGAAAGUUCACCCAUCAUGUUCAGUGGCGGAGAAAUCCAGCUGUGCCAUUUUGUGUCAUUUGCGCCGCUGCCUGUUUUUGCAAUAGCUCUGAUUUUGAGCUGUUACUAUGGCUAUAAGGCCUGCAUGUACAAGAAAGUAACCAGAAGUACUUCUAAAAGAAGGAGCGGCAGGAGUGUGGCAGUGGCGAGGUCGGCGGCGGAGGACCCGCAGGCCGGAGGCGGGCAGAUGGCGCUCUCGUGGUGGCUGGUGCUGCUGGUGACGUCAGUCCUGUGCUGCCUGCUGCUGCUGGCCGCUGCCGCCGCACUCACGGCCGGCUACCACGCCUCGUGCUCGCAGUACCGAGAGACGGCGGUGCGCGAGCUGGGCGCUGUGGGGGACGCGGCCGCCGCCGUCUACGACCGCCUCAGCUGCGGCGCCAUCUUCGACAUCAUGGACUUCGUGGAGCCCCACACGCGGCCCUUCCUCGCCAAGGUGGGACAGGAGGACUACUACCCGCUGUCGGAGCAGAGGGACCGCUACCGCGGGGACCCCGUAGACACCGGCGGAGCGCUCGUGACCGCCAUCGUCAGCUCGUGGCUCAACUUUGUGGUCUGGCUGGUGCUGGUCGCGGCCGACGUGAAGCUGUACGGACGCUGCAAGUGCUGCUAGUCUCCGGUCACUUACUGAUCGAUCAUCGACUGAGCGCUCGAGGGCUAUUUUUUAUAAUGCGCUAUUCCAGUCUCGGCAUUUUGCCAUUUUGAAGUGGUCACGUUUGAUAGCAACUGACACUGUCGAAGGACCGCACAGUGGCAUGCGCAAUAGUUCGGUGUUAUCUACAAUAAAAGAUGCCAGAAACAGUAACAGUGUUUGUAGCCGACGUCAAAUUUAUAUUGUAUGUAGUGUCGCUCUCGCCUAUCGAAAGUUGUGAUUCCAGUUUUCAAAACCGUGACAACAUCCAAACACACCAUCUCGGAUGCCAUUUACAACCGUAUCUCACUCCCAAAUCUCUAUUACGACGGUCCCAUUCUUCCUCCACGUACUCUUUCCUUGCUCCACGAAUCCCACGACUUCCCUCCACGCAAAAAUCAAAAGGGUAUAUCAUCUGCUGUCUUUCCCUCCCUCCUCCGGCUCAUCGCGUCAGAAAUAGUCCACCAAUCAGCAUUACUCUUACAAAUGGGGGAAUGGCUAAGCGGACCAAUCCAGAAAUAUGUAGCACCACUUGUGAGAACUCUGAAACAUCGCACCAGGUCCAUCAAAAAAAUGCGUAUGCGGGGGCUCCCUCAAACAAUACAGCAGGUUUUGCUUUUAAGGUGAAAACACAGGCCAUUAUCCCUUUUCUCUGGCAAAAACUGCUUUGGUCCGUGGGCGGUCGACCGGUCAGCGCAGCUGCGAGCUAACUCACCCUCCUACGGACUUUACAGCGGGCUGGUUGCCUCCGCUGAACAAACACUCCUGUGGCCAUCGUGUCUUGAAUUUUUGUGUACGCCAGCCUCGACUUUUUAAUCUCGGUGUACACUUGCAAUUUAUUUAUUAUUGCAUAUCGAUUAAAUGGAUAUACGUAAAAUUGACUCUACCCUAUCGAGUUUGGGCUUGAAUGAAACAUCUUGAUAUGCACAAUACAGUGGUGAGGUCGGAAUAUGGAGGUCAGGAGACCACGCCACCUUACUCCCCCAACGUAACUCCUGCAAUAUGCUGAUGGCACUGCCUACCUAAUCGCUCAUCACACCCUUCAACUCUCUCAUGUCUCCCUCCAAUGGCCCUGAACCUCCUAGUUGACUGAUGUAACACGUGGAAACUUCAACUAAACCGGCAGAAAAGGCAGGCCACCAUCUCGGGUCACACCACUCGACUUUUCCAUCUUCCAGAUUUCCAUCGUUCCAUUUACAACCAACUCAUCCAUUUGACUAACUCAGACAAGUAUGUAAGGGCUAACUCUCGACAGAAAACUAUAAUGCAAACCACAUCUCCUUACCAUCCAACACAAAGCCCGAAAUCGACUAAAACUACUAUCCAGCCGCACUUGGGGCCUACGUCCUUCUACCACUAUCAUCACCUAUAAAUCCCUCAUCCACAUCAUCCUAACCUACGCUAAUGUUGCCUGGAUCCCCACCUCACCUAAUUUCUGUCAGUCCCUUGAAAUCGUGGAAAUACACACAAUCCGCCUCGCCUUCCACGUCCGCCUACCCUCCCAAUCUCGCAUCCAGUACCAACUCAUCCAUUUUCCCAGACCUUCUUCUCUUCCUAGAGCACCUUUGGAUUCCAUACAUUAAUCGCAAAACCCAGUCCCAGCAUCUAAUUUCCCUUCCACUAAUCACCAAUCUGCAGCUCGCGGUCUUGUGGUAACGUUCUCGCUUCCCGCGCACGGGGUCCCGGGUUCGAUUACCGGCGGGAUCAGGGAUUUUCCCUGCCUCGAGAUGACUGGAUGUUAUUGUGUCGUCUUUAUCGUCAUCAUUCAUCCUCAUUACGAUCGGAGGAAGGCAAUGGCAUACCACCUUCGCUAGGACGUUGCCUAGUGCGGCUGUGCGGGUCUCCCGCAUCGUCCCCUACACUCCUCGGAGUUUGGGACCUCAUCAUCAUCAUCAUCAAUCACCAAUCCAGGUACCCGGCUGCACCACUACAUCCAUAUUCCACCUUCUAUGCACGUCCAAGCCUUAUCCAUCCCAUCCUGCUGGAAUUUUAACCAACUCCCACUUCCUGACGAUGAAAUACGUCCCAAGAUAUAUCCUAAUCACAACGCUCCACCUUAGACAAUCCUCCAAUUUUCUCCUUUUCCCUUCAUUCACCUUGCCCACUUCUAGUCGCUAUCUGCAGUUGUACAGGGCCCCACAGUCAUAGUCCUCAUCGCACCUUCAUCAUGACAAUCUGUUCGCGUGCCACCUAGCCAUCAUUCAUGUUCAAGUGUGACUGUAUUUUAACUGUAAUAUAAAAUGUGAAACGAAUUUUAAAAACCAUCAGUACUUUCAUCUAUGUGUAUUUUACAAAUAUUCAUUUAUUGUCACUUCUUUUUACAGAAAAAUUGUCACUGUCACCCACCUACGUUUUUUUUACAGAAUCAUCUGUUAUUGUCACCUUUUAUAUGUUUUAACCAUUUUUCAAUAAAAUUUUUAUAACAUUUGGCUGAAGAGCGGUUUUUUUCCGCUGCCAGCCCGCCCGACACUAAAGAAACAAAAAUCACUAGCGCUCAAUGUAGACGCAUCUAUACACGUAUACGUUGAGCCAGGAAGUGUGGACCAUGUGAGAAUGAUGUAUACAUUAUGUUAGAAAAUUUUCGUUACAGGCUUCUAGAAUUAGUAGAGGGGAGAAAGUAGAUAAUAUUUUGAAUUGGAACCCAUGUCCGGAAACGUACCGUUUCCGUGCUACACCCAUUUGAAAACAUGUUGGUAAAGCGGCCACUUUUACAAUUAAUUGGUUAGGUGUGACCCAGCACAUCACUUGUUUUACAGUUCCACUCAUUAAUAGCCAGAGAAAUUGCUCUUGUACUUGUUGACGGGUUCUUUUCAACGUGAUACAGUAGGCCCUGUUCCAAUUCGGAUAUGCGGCGUGUCCUUGGAGCACAAGAGUUACGCCUGCUGACGGAGAAGGUACCCUUUCUCGAGACCGCCGCGUAAUUGUGGCGGAAAGGGUAAGCAAUGAAGUCGGACGUUGGGGAGAACGCGAAGCAGCUCCUCCGAUACCGUGACCAAUCAAAACGUUCAUGUCGGUGAAUUCUGCAAACACGUGCUCAUCCAUGUUGCUGUAACACUCACAGACACGUGAAUCAGACUCGUACCAGGUCAGAGAGGUACGAUUGACUUCAAAAGACAUCAGUCGAUCCGAUGUAAGCAUCCCCCACUAUGAUUACCCUGUUACAUAGCCACCAAGCAAACAUGUUUUCAAACGCCUGUAGCACGGAAGUGGUACGUUCCCGGAGACGAGUUUCUGUUCAAAAUACUAUGUACUCACUCCCGCCUACAAGUCCUAGAAGCUUGUACCUGUAAUUUCCGAACACCCUGCAUGUAUUGCUGAUAUUUUGAAAUUUUUGACAUGUGCUUAAGCAUAUACUUUACUUAGCGGUUCACUUCACGAUGAGUAAAUGAGA